CACUCAGAUAAGGGAGAAUUCCCGGUUCAGUCGAUGAUCGCAAGUAGAGGUGUACAUUAAGAGGUGUUCAAGUGAACGGUGCCCAGAGUGAACGGUGAUACAGUCUCUUCAUGCUCUCGCUGAGAAACUUUCUCCCUCGGCGCUCGUACGUCGUGAAUUCCUCUGCUUAAAAACAAAAAAACACAAACAUACCGGUGAAAGUUACACCCAAAGAGUCAUAUAGACGGCGAUGGCGCAACUGAAAGUGGCCAUUAUCGGUCAGAGCCCGUUCGCGGCGGAGGUGUACAAAUUACUGAGGCAAAAUGGUCAUCAGAUCACGGGGGUCUUCACGAUACCCGACAAAGGGAACCGAGAAGAUGCUUUAGCGAUAACCGCGAAGGCAGACGACACGCCGGUGUUCAAGAUCAAAUCUUGGAGAAGCAAGGGUGUCACAUUGCCAGAGGUUUUGGAUCUGUACAAAGGUAUCGAGGUCGAUCUAAACGUGCUGCCGUUCUGCAGUCAAUUCAUCCCCAUGGAGGUGAUCAAUCAUCCUCGUCACAAGAGCAUAUGCUACCACCCUUCUAUACUGCCCAGGCAUCGUGGUGCCAGCGCCAUAAACUGGACUCUGAUAGAAGGAGACGACACCGCGGGUUUCUCGAUAUUCUGGGCGGACGAUGGCUUGGACACUGGGCCGAUUCUGCUGCAAAAUUCUUGCAAGGUGGAUCCGAACGACACGUUGGACUCACUGUACAAUAAUUUUCUCUAUCCGGAGGGUAUCAAAGCCAUGGGAGAGGCGGUGAACCUCGUGGCGAAGGGGAUCGCGCCGAUGAUCCAGCAAACCGAGGCAGGCGCCACUUACGAUCCUAUGUUGAAUAAGAAAGAACUGCAGAAGAUCGACUGGACCAAGCCGGCGAAGAAGAUCCACGACUUCAUUCGCGGUUUGGACAGUACGCCAGGCGCUUGGACGACGAUCAACGGCGAGGAGGUACGCCUGUUCGGGUCCACAUUGUGGGAGAAAGCUCAAUUACCGAGGGAAGAGUCCCGAGUGGACGUGGAGAACCAUUUGGGUGUUCUUCACGAAGGAGGAUUGUUGAUCACAGCCGGUGACGGGAAGUUCGUGAACGUGGAGAGGAUAAAGAUCGGAACCAAAACGAUCCCGGCGAACAAGUUCGGCCAGAAGACUGAGGAAACGGUGAUAGAGUUCACGGAGGAAGAGUUGAAGACUGCCGAGACCUUGAAACGCAUUUGGAAGGGCAUCCUGAAGAUGGAUGUCGAGAACGAUACCGAUUUCUUCGCUUGCGGGGCUGGAAGCAUGGACGUGGUCAGGCUGGUGGAAGAAGUGAAGGACAACGUGGGGGUGACAUUGCAGAACAUCGACGUCUUCAUGGCACCAGUCUUUAGUCAGUUCGCGACGACGGUGGUGCUGGUCGCGCGUGGCGUGUCUGCUUCCAAGGAUGUCAAGUACGACGCGGUGGAGGUUCAGGCGAACCACAAGAACCUGAAGUUCCCCAGACAAUUGUUCAUCAACGGGGAAUUUGUGAACGGUCAAGGGAAACCCAUCGACACGAUCAAUCCUCACGACGAGACCGUCAUCUGUUCGGUGGAGUGUGGAUCCGUGGAAGACGUGGACAGGGCGGUGAAGGCUGCCCAGAAGGCGUUCGAGGAAGGCGAGUGGAGCAAGAUCAGCGCCAGAGAGCGUGGCGCUAUUCUCUUCAAACUGGCUGACCUGAUGGACGAGCACAGGGAAGAACUGGCUACCAUAGAAAGCCUGGACUCCGGCGCGGUGUACACUCUUGCCCUGAAGACACAUAUAGGAAUGUCGAUCGAGACCUGGCGGUACUUUGCCGGCUGGUGCGACAAGAUCCAAGGUUCCACCAUUCCGAUAUCCCACGCCAGGCCCAAUCGCAAUCUGACGUUCACCAGAAAGGAACCGAUAGGCGUCUGCGGCUUGGUCACACCGUGGAACUAUCCCCUGAUGAUGCUCUCCUGGAAAAUGGCGGCCUGUUUAGCGGCUGGUAACACCGUGGUGAUGAAACCGGCCCAGGCGUCUCCGUUAACGGCCUUGAAGUUCGCCGAACUCACCGUCAAAGCUGGAUUCCCACCCGGUGUAGUGAACAUAGUCCCAGGCGAUGGCUCGACGACAGGGAAUGCGAUCUGCGAGCACCCUAUGAUCAGGAAACUCGGUUUCACCGGUUCCACGCAGGUCGGUAAGUCGAUAAUGAGAUCCUGCGCGGACAGUAACCUGAAAAAGGUCUCCCUGGAACUCGGUGGGAAGAGUCCACUUGUCAUCUUCGAGGACGCUGACAUUCAGCACGCGGUCAGAGUCGGGAUGAGCAGCGUGUUCUUCAACAAAGGGGAGAACUGCAUCGCAGCUGGUCGCCUGUUCGUCGAGGAGUCCAUACACGAUGAGUUCGUAAAGAGAACGGUCGAAGAGACGAAGAAGAUCACGAUUGGCGAUCCACUGGACAGAAGCACAGCUCACGGACCGCAGAACCACAAGGCCCACAUGGAUAAGCUUCUGGACUUCGUUCGUCGUGGGGUCCAGGAAGGUGCGACCCUCGUCUACGGCGGGAACCGAGUGAAUCGUUCCGGUUGGUACUUCGAGCCGACGAUAUUCACGAACGUCAAGGACGACAUGUACAUCGCCAAGGAGGAAUCCUUCGGUCCCGUGAUGGUGAUCUCGAAAUUCAGCUCGAAGAACAUGAUGGACAUGAUCAACAGAGCGAACGGGACCGAGUACGGUCUAGCCUCCGGUGUUCUGACAAAGGACAUCAGCCGAGCACUGAGAUUCGCCGAGAAAAUCGAGUCCGGAACGGUGUUCAUAAAUACGUACAACAAGACAGACGUCGCUGCGCCGUUCGGCGGCUUCAAGAUGUCCGGUUUCGGGAAGGAUCUCGGACAGGAGGCUCUGAACGAGUACCUGAAAACGAAAACGGUCACUAUAGAAUAUUAGACUAGUCCUCGAGUCGCAUUUUUUGUACACGAUUCAUCGUUUAGGCCGCGGAUGCAUUUGUGCGAACCGAAAAAAAGAGAUAGUAACCUCAAAAUUCCAUUUUAUUCGCAUAAAAUCCGUAGUCUUCAUACUUUUGUUUCAUCUAUAUGUCUGUAAAUCGUUUUAUUUAUAUGAAUAAAUUUGCAAUUUUUAUA